GUGCCUGUUUUGUAAUCCAUCUCUAAACUAAACAUUGAAAAAGUAUCACAGAAAAUAGUAAAAUUGGGUGAAUUUUGCGCCUUAAAAUGUUGAAAAUUCCAACCGGAGCUCGGCUACUGUCGGAGAUCGUCAAAACCGCCUCCAUAAACCAAGCGGCAAGAUGGUACUGCGUCACAUCUUCAUCCACCGGUGCCGACAUGAAAUCCUUUCUGUCAUACGAUAAGGAUCCAGGUCCAGCGUUCAUGCGAGAUGAUGUGCAAAAGCUGUUGAAAUCGAUGACACGUUUGGAGUUGGACCGGGUAUUCCGGAAGCGCUCCGUCAAAAAUAACACGGUGGAGUACAAGUUCAUGACCAACGAUCAGCUGCGCCAGGAAGUGAUGCAGUCGAUCGGAAGGGCAGACCGAAUGCUGCAGAUGCCACCGGUGGUGGAUGUGAUGCGUGAGAAUCCCAAGGUCCUGUCGAAAGAUGGAGCGCUGAAGGGAUUUUCUGACGUCAAGAUGGUAUUCACGGACAUCACAUUCGGCUUGAAGAAUAGCAAGAGGACGAUUGUGGAACGGUUACCGGAUGGAACGCUGCAGGAAGCUGCAUACGCGACGAGGAAACGUUUGAAUCAGAUUUACUUCCCAUUGAAGGGCAGAUACGUUCGGACGCCGCAGAUGUUCGAGGCGGGCAAUCUGAAAAAGAUUCUGGAAGCGAAGGAGUAUGAAUUUGUGUUGGACAGAGCUUGCGUGCAGUUUGAGCCCUAUGAAAAAGAGUACCAUGAUAUAACAGCCACCGUGUACUUACAUGUAAACGAGAACAAAGCUUUUGAUUUGUUGCGAUCGACCAGACACUUUGGUCCGAUGUGCUUCUUCCUGGCGUGGCAUCGAUUGGUCGACAAUCUGCUGUUGGAUGUGAUCAAACGGAACUACUUGAGGAAUGGCGUUGAGUUGAUUGCGUUGUAUGCUUCCUUGCACGAUGGCCUACAGAUGAAGGCGGAAAACUUCGAACAACUCAAGAAGCACGUCCUCAGUACAGAACCGCCGAUGUUCGAAUCGGAGGACAAGAGCCUGGAAGAGUUGCAGCAAGAUGAGAAGUAUCUGACGGUUAUCGAGCAGUUUGUGGGAGAACAUUGCACGAAAAAAGUGCAGCUGAACUUGGCGAUCGCAGCGUACCGAGAGAUGGCUCACGAACGGCAACAACUUGCCGAAGGUAUCCGGAAAAUGCACGGUGAGAGAUAAAUUAGUCGGAAGAUGUUAAUAUUAUAUAGGUACAUACAAUAAAACGAGCUGAAACUUGCGAAGGGUUCUGAUUUAU